GGUCGGGAUCGGGUGGUGAUCGAAGGGAGGGGGAUAGAGAUCAGAGUUGGAGCAGGGGGACAAUGGCGGAAAAAUGUGCACGCUGGGUGGGGGGAAAUGGCGGGAAAAUGCGCGCGCUAGGUGGAGGGAGCCAAACGGAGAAGCGGAGGAAGAGGAGGAGGACGUUGACAUUGACGAAGAAGAGGAGGUGAAGGACGAUGACGCAGAGGAGGAGGUGGAGGAGGAGGAGGAGGAGGAGGAAGACGAGGAGGAGGAGGAGGUAGAAGAGCAGGAAGAAGAGGAGGAGGAGGAGGAGAAGGAGGACGACGACAAUGAGGAGGACAACGAGAUAGAAGAAGAAGAGGUGAAGGACGAUGACGCAAAGCAGGAGGAGGAGAAGGAGGACGAGGAGGAGGAAGACGAGGACGAGGAGGAGGUCGACGAGGACUAGGAGGAGGACGUCGAGGUAGAAGAAGAAGAAAGGGGCGAGGGGGAGGAGGAGGUGUGGGACGGAGGGAAGCAAACUCACC